CUGUGUUCGAAGCCUUUUAAUGUCAGCAGAGCAGCAAUUCCAGGCUUGCGAAGACUUAUCGAUAUAUGCAGCUUCACCUUCUGAUUGACUGCGGAAUCUACCCUACAAAUUACUGACCUGGCUCUUUGCAUAACAUCCUACCACCUCAAAGACCUUUCCCUAUCUGCCUUCGUCUUUCUGCUGGAAACCUGUAGAAAAUACUUGGACCACCUGGAUCAUGAGGAAACCUGGACAUCUAAGGGCAAAUGACUGGAAGGAUGGGAGAAGACAUGGACGACCAUCUGACACACACACUCAUCAAGGCCACUUCAGUUGGGAAAAAUACCUUAAGGAAACUGGUUCCCAGCCAGCACCCCCUCACUGCUUUAGACAGUCAUGCUCUCCACCAUCCAAUGAUUACAAGAUCGGGAUGAAAUUGGAAGCUCAGGAUCCAAGAAACACUACUUCCACCUGCAUUGCUUCUGUAGUAGGCCUCACAGGAGCUCGGCUCAGGCUGCGGCUUGAUGGUAGUGACAACAAAAAUGACUUCUGGAGACUCGUGGACUCAUCAGAGAUUCAACCCAUCGGAACAUGUGAGAAAAGUGGAGGGAUGUUACAGCCACCAUUAGGUUUCAGGCUCAAUGCCUCUUCAUGGCCAAUGUUCCUUUUGAAAACUCUAAAUGGAGCCGAGAUGGCACCUGCCAAAAUCUUUCACAAGGAGCCUCCCUCGCCACCUCAGAAUCACUUUGAGAUGGGGAUGAAGUUGGAGGCCGUUGACAGAAAGAAUCCCCAUUUUAUCUGCCCUGCCACUAUUGGGGAAGUUAGGGGUAGUGAGAUCCUCGUGACAUUUGAUGGCUGGAGAGGAGCUUUUGAUUACUGGUGUCGGUAUGACUCGCGUGACAUAUUUCCUGUAGGCUGGUGCUCCCUAACUGGUGACAAUCUGCAGCCACCUGGGACCAAAGCUUCCAUUCCAAAGAGCCCCCUACCUGCUGCAGGUAUUGCAACUGCUCUGAUGCGUGGUCCUAAAAAUAUAUUGCCAGCUCUGCCUGGGCGCAGACGUCGAAAGCCAGGCAGGAAGAAGGGUCAGCUACCAAAGGCUCUUGUCCACCAACUUACAAAUUCAUCUCCAAAACUGUGUGAACCUUUCCGUUUUCCAAAAAAGAGAGGCCCAAAGCCUGGAAGCAAGAGGAAGCCCCGACUAUUGCUUAACCAGGUACCGACAUCCCCCACUAACAGUACACCAGAACCAGAUACCAGCACAGUGCCACAGGAUGCAGCAACCAUUCCUUGUGCAGCCAUGCAGGCCCCCACAGUUUGCAUUUAUCUGAACAAGAAUGGAGAUUCGGGCCCUCACCUGGACAGGAAAAAGGUCCAGCAUCUUCCGGAUCACUUUGGUCCAGCAAGGGCAUCGGUGGUCCUACAGCAGGCAGUUCAGGCGUGCAUAGACUGUGCAUACCACCAGAAAACAGUCUUCAGCUUCCUGAAACAUGGACAUGGUGGAGAAAUUAUCUCUGCUGUGUUUGAAAGAGAACAACAUACUCUAAACUUGCCUGCAGUAAAUAGUAUCGGUUAUGUCCUUCGCUUUCUGGAGAAGCUUUGCCGAAAUAUGCGCAGUGAGAAUUUAUUUGGAAACCAACCCUUCACACCGAACCUUCCAGAGCAGACCACAUCUUAUGAAAAUGAACGAUAUCUACCAGAAAGGGGUAACUCUGAGAGCAGUCUCCAUGGACCAGGAAGAGGCUCCAAAAGAUACCCCCAUGAAAUACCUCCGUAUAAUGCCCCUUUGUGUCCCAAACUACCAAAGAAUGAUUGCCAUGCAUCAGAAGGAGAGACAUUCUUAGUAGAUGCAGGUCUUCCAGGGUCCAUGGAACAACGUCUGGGACCUACAGAUUCUCCUAACAGCCCCAGCCCUGUUAGACUCUCCAGAGACUAUCGCUCUCCAGUGUACAGGAGCACUAACCAAACCUGGAACACAUCCCAAGGAACCAUGCGUAGGCUGAGUUCAGGUGAAACAGAGAGGUUCCAGACUGGUCGAACAGGGUCUCGUGACCCGUCGUCUUGGAAUAUGGAGGACGUCAUGCAAUUUGUCAGAGAUGCUGACCCACAGUUGGGAUCCCAUGCUGACCUCUUCCGUAAACAUGAAAUUGAUGGCAAGGCCUUGCUCCUCUUGCGAAGUGAUGUCAUGAUGAAAUACAUGGGUCUUAAGCUGGGGCCUGCCCUAAAGUUAUCCCACCACAUAGACAAACUGAAGCAAGGGAAGUUCUGACCACGAUUUUUGGUCAUAUUUUGCAUCCUCUAAAUGUUCAUGUCUAGGACUCUGCUGUCUCAACAUCUUUUUGGAUCCUCUGAGGAAUGGGACUUAUAAAGCCCUAAACACCCCUUUUUUGUUGGGGUUGUAAUAGGUUGAUGACACCUAGAACUGCAUCUUCUGAAUUAGGAGAUAUUCCUCAAUUCGUUUGAACUUGUCCUAAAUAUUUCACACUAGCGGGAGGAGGGGAAACAAAGGUAUUACACUUUUGGAUGGGAUGUAGAUUAUCUUUCACCCUGAUGUUUGCCAAAUUAUUCAAGACAAUACCUUUUCUUAUCUUAUCUAGCACUUGCAGUGCACACAGCGCUGUACAUAGAAUAAAAUAGGCACAAUGAAUUAUUGUCCACAGAAGAUUGCAAUCUAAUGCUUUGAUUUGUCUGCUGGUGACCUCCCACUACAUAGGCAGUGACUCCUAAACUCUCUGCCUGCAGUUGAAUUUAAUCUAAAGGAUCUCCCAUUAUGUAAUAAUAAACCCAGCUAUGCUGCCCAGGUUCUGGUUUUUAAAUAGC